AUGAAGGCAGUGCAGGUCCUGUCCUUCUACGUCGUCACCGCCCUCGCGGCUCGCGAUCCGAUUCAAAGCCACCUCACACUCGGCAUAUGUCGAUCGCCGCUACUGCCACUCUCAUUUUCGGAGCUGUCGGACCCGAUAUGCUCUACUGCAGACGUGAUCGCCCAAAAGCAGGCCACUACCGGAAGGCACGUUACUGACGAAUCAUCGCCGUGGACGUCAAUCAGCAACUGUGCACGCAACGGAACGGGGCCGAUAGAGUUCUGCGUCUUCUACGCCGGUGGCUUCGCCAACAACAGAGGAGUGUCAAUCAUUACCAGCCCCGAAAGGGCCAAGAGCAUCGCCAAGUUGCCUGCAUUCACCAACCCGGAGCUCACGGCACACACCAACAAGGACCUCGACCACAACUACGACCCGGUGUACAAGUCAGUCAUGAUCCCUGGAAAGGGGGUUGGUCUAGUUGCUGCCAAGACGCUGUACCGUGGAGACCGUAUAAUGAGCAGCACGCCAGCCAUCGUAAUCGACUACGGCUUCUUCGACACGAUGCCAAAGAAGGUGAUCAAGGAGAUACAGACAGCUGCCGUCGACGUUCUCCCGGAUAAGCACCGUCAGCUGCUGCUCAACCUAUCGACUCACGAUGGUAUCCAUGAGAACUACCAACAAAAGGUCGACAAGAUCUUGUCUACCAACGCCUUCGACAUCGACGCCGACCCCGAAGGCGAUAACGACGAUCAAUUCUACGUCGUCUUCCCCGAGAUCUCUCGCUGCAACCAUGACUGCCGCCCGAACGCUGACUAUUACUACGACCCCGAAACCCUGACCCAGCACGUCCACGCUGUUCGCCAGAUCAACAUCGGAGAGGAGAUUUCGUUGUCGUACCUUGACCCCCUGCAGAGCCAAGCCGCCCGCCUGGAGAGACUGUCUCGUACUUGGGGAUUUCCUUGCGGCUGCUCCAUGUGCACGCAAAAGGACCUGAUCGCUGAGGAAUCCGACUCCCGCCUCGAGCAGAUCGCCGAGCUGCGCAAGGAGUUCCACGACUACACCCCGUCGUCGCGCGCCACGCCGCAGAUGGCCGAGCUCAUGGUCAGCCUGUACCAGCAGGAGCGCCUGGACCUGAUGAUCUACGAGGCCUUCACCUACGCCGCCAUCGAGUACAACGGUGUUGGCGAGCCGUGGAUGGCCACAAAGUACGCCCGCCUCGCCGUCGAGUACGGCCUGGCCAGCGUCGGCCCCAAGGACAACGACGUCAUCGAGAUGGACAACCUCGUCGCCGAUCCGUUCAAGCACUGGAGCUGGAUGUUGAGGACAAGUAAGCGCAUGAGCUGGGGCAAGAAGAGGGACGAUUGA